CCCUGAUAGAUAUGAUGUAUAGUGCCAUCUUCAUCCUCAUAUUCUUGAGUUCACUCUGUCGAUCCGACGAUCAGCUGACACAUACAAAGCCGCUCUUUCCCAAAGACACUCUCAUCUCGGCGGGCAGAGACUUUGCUCUUGGCUUCUUUUCUCCUACCAAUUCAAGCAACAAGUUAUACAUUGGAAUUUGGUACAACAAUCUCCCAGAGCGCACGGUGGUAUGGAUCGCCAACCGUGACAGCCCAAUCACCGCGCCUACAUCAGCGAAGCUCGCCAUCUCAAACAAUUCAGGGCUGGUGUUGUCAGACUCCCAAGGGCACAUCUUUUGGACGGCAACGAGCAACACAAGUGGAGGUCCUGGAGCUUUUGCAGUAUUACUCAGCUCAGGAAACUUUGUCCUUCGAUCGCCGAAUGACAUGGACAUAUGGCAAAGCUUUGAUCACCCCACCGAUACAAUUCUUCCAACCAUGAGGCUUAUGCUAAGCUACAAGUCACAACCGGCAACACACCUCUUUGCUUGGAAGGGCCCUGACGAUCCAUCAACCGGGGACAUCUCUAUCAGCAUGGAUCCGGGCUCCUCAGGCCUUCAGAUGUUCAUUUGGAAUGGGACUUUGCCAUACUUCCGUUCUUCUGUUGUUAGUGAUGUCCUAGUAUCCCGUGGCGUAUACCAGACCAACAGUACCUCAGCCACGUACCAAGCGAUGAUAGUUGACACAGGGGAUGAGUUGUACUAUACGUUCACAGUCUUAGCUGGUUCACCCUACUUGCGAAUAUUACUUCACUACACAGGCAAGACGAGGCUCCUGAUCUGGGAAAAUAGCACAUCAUCCUGGGCAGUCAUUGGUGAGGCCCCUAGUGUUGGCUGUGAUCUCUACGCCUCUUGUGGCCCGUUCGGCUAUUGCGAUCGCACGAAGGCAAUGCCGACAUGCCAGUGCCCUGAUGGUUUUGAGCUGGUCGACAGUCUCAACUUCUCUAGAGGAUGCCAGAGAAAGGAAGAGCUAAAAUGCCGAACAGAGAACUAUUUCUUGACCAUGCCUAAUAUGAAGAUUCCUGACAAGUUCUUAUACAUUAGGAAUAGAACCUUUGACCAGUGUGCAGCAGAGUGCGCCAGAAACUGCUCCUGUAUAGCAUAUGCCUAUUCCAACCUAAGCGCUGCUGGCAUUAUGGGCGAAGCAUCAAGGUGUUUGGUUUGGACUCACCAUCUUAUUGACAUGGAGAAGGCCAGUCUUUUAGAGAACUUGUACAUCCGGCUUGGCGAAUCUCCUGGUACGCUUAAGAAGAGCACUUUUCUGAAAAUUUUGCUCCCAACUAUAGCAUGUCUGCUGCUACUAACAAUCACCGCUCUUGUUUGGACAUGUAAAGGCAGAGGCAAAUGGCAUAAGAAGAAAGUCCAGAAGAGAAUGAUGCUAGAAUACUUGAGUUCUACAGAUGAAGCUGGGGGAAAGAAUAUAGAGUUCCCAUUUAUUACAUUUGAAAACAUUGUCACAGCAACAGACAAUUUCUCUGACAGCAAUAUGCUUGGGAAAGGAGGUUUUGGCAAAGUAUACAAGGGAAUGUUGGAAGGAACCAAAGAAGUAGCCAUCAAGAGACUGAGCAAGAGUUCUGGGCAAGGUGCCAAGGAGUUCAGGAAUGAAGUAGUUUUGAUUGCAAAGUUGCAGCACAAGAACCUAGUUAAGCUUCUUGGUUGCUGUGUUCAUGAAGAUGAGAAGCUGUUAGUUUAUGAGUACUUGCCCAACAAAAGCUUGGAUUACUUCCUCUUUGAUUCUGCAAGAAAAUCAAUGCUUCAGUGGCAAACAAGGUUCAAGAUAAUCUAUGGGGUGGCUAGAGGAAUUAUGUAUCUUCAUCAUGACUCGAGAUUAACAAUAAUUCAUAGAGAUCUCAAAGCUAGCAACAUCUUGCUAGAUAAGGACAUGAGCCCAAAGAUAUCAGAUUUCGGCAUGGCUAGAAUAUUCAGUGCCGACCAGCUCCAAGCAAAUACUAACAGAGUUGUAGGGACAUAUGGUUACAUGUCUCCUGAAUAUGCAAUGGAAGGUGCCUUUUCAGUCAAGUCUGACACCUACAGUUUUGGUGUUUUAAUGCUGGAGAUUAUAAGUGGUUUAAAGAUCAGCUCACCACAUCUUAUCAUGGAUUUUCCUAACCUUAGAGCAUAUGCAUGGAACAUGUGGAAAGAAGGGAAAAUAGAAGAUCUGGUGGACUCAUCAGUCAUGGAGAAUUGCUCCCCUGAUGAAGUUUCACGAUGUAUCCAUAUAGGACUCUUGUGUGUUCAAGACGAUCCGAGUUGCAGGCCACUCAUGUCGGUGGUUGUGUCCAUGCUGGAAAACAAAACGACGCCACUUCCAACUCCAAAUCAACCUACAUAUUUUGCACUUAGGGACUCCUACCGACCUGAAAAGGCAGUUGACAACAAGGAAUUCUCUGUAAAUGAUAUGAGUCUCACUGUGCUAGAGGGCCGUUAGAUGUUUGGUUUUCAUAACUGAUUGGGAGGAAAAAUUAAACCCCACUGGCAUAUUCAUCGCAAAACUAAAACUAAACGUUCAGUCCAUGUGAAGGUUAUGUGAAUGUCGGUAAUUUGCAAUUUGCAAUAGUGUAAUAAGUCUGCCUA